UUUACGUCGGUAGACCUUCUUCCUUCCAUCAUUGCCAUGUAAUGCAAUUUUAGACUCAUCAGAAAAGAGUACACGUCUCCAAUGCUGCUGAGUCCAAUUUCAAUGAGUGCGCGCGAAAUAAAAGCGCGCUUUUCGGUGAGCUCGCGUUAAUUUGGGGCCAUUAGCUUGGCUUGUGUGGUACCAUAUCGCAUUCUUUUAACCUUCUCCGAACAGUUCGAGCGCUCACAGAUACUCCGUGGAAGUCCCGAAGUUGGUUUUGUAUCUCAAUGGAGGUAAGGUGACGAUUUCUCAAGCUGAUCGUCGAUGAUGAAUCGAUCCUGCCUUUCAGUUGUGACCCGAGAUCGUGGCCUUCCUUGGCGACGAACAAAGACGCCAGUCUCUAGGUACCUCUGAUAAACUAUGGGAUUUGAUGAUGGGACUUGCAUGAGCAUUACAGUGGGUGCCCGCUAGUGUUUCAUACAAAGAAAAUCAGUACAGAAACAUGCUACCGCAACCGCUAAAUUAAAGAGACUAUGUUAUGAUAACAGGAUACCAUGAUAUUAAUUAAUAUUAACUUAAUUAUUAAUUAAUCUUUGUGUACUCAGUGUAAAUCACUUGGGUGUGUUUAAGGAACUUUGAGCAGCUGCCAGCUUGCAUACAUUCACAUCAAUCACAUUGUCUACAGUCUCUGGUAUUAAAGUAUUUGUACCAUUUACUAUAGAUAAUGGAAUUGGAGUGUUGAAUGGCGUUGACACGGAUAUACAGGACUUUGUACAGCGCUAGAAUGUGGGCAGCAAUAAUCAUCAUAAUGGUUGUAGAGUAGGGUCGUAUUAAAUGGCGGAAGUGUUGUCUUCAAUAAAAAUCCAAUAUAGCUUCUUCAUGGGAACACAGUGAGGACACGCAUACAUGAACAAAUAGCUUCCUUAAGCAUAUUUGCAGACGUGUGUCCCUAUACUAUUCCCCCCAUUUUACAAAAAAAACAAAGUAACUAUACUUCAUAGUACAAAUACAAUAACGAAAUAAAUAAAAACGAAAAGAUCAAAAUACAUUUUCAGGCGUAACAAUUACACACAAUUACUACUAUUAUAUUCACUGGUUAGUUUAAAAAUAUUUUGUUAUAUUUUUUACACAAAACAUCACAAUAUAUAAAUCUAACACAUGCAGGCUGGCAAAUUUGUCCGUUAGACUGCGCUUGGGCCUGGCUAGCCUUGUCUACUUCACGGCGCAGCCAAGCCCUGAUACGGUGGUGGCAAAAACCGCGCAAACCCAUCAAAACCAUGGUGAUCACGAUCACUGCCUACACUAUUACCACAAUAACCAUAGCAUAGACAUGGUCAUCUAUCUUCCUUGAAUCGAUCUGUACGUUAGUUACUCCAACAGUUUUUUCCUUAGUUUGAUAAUUGCCCAUAUUAAUAUAUUAAAAAAAUACUAUAACUGUACUGCUUCUACCUCCAGUUAAAAUGUAAUAAAUGGUAAUAAAGAAAUGUCCUAAUAAGUACUGUAUCAAAAUGCUUAUUGAGUGAUCGUAAUACCUAUGUUGAAAUAUUUAUAACACAAUGCAAUACAUUACAAUUAUUUACUUAACCUACAUUAAAUUACAAUGCAUGCGAUAUGAAUGCAUAAAAACAAUAAAAAUCAUGUUUCUACUCUUGCACAACAACAAAAUAUGUUAAAUCCGUACAUUAUUAAAUUAAGCAUUUUUCUAUGUUAAACAUAAAAUGAAAUAAUUAACAUUUAAAAUUAUUCUCAAAAACUUAAAUCUAACACAUUAUAAUUAAUUGACAUGCAAUAUAUGAUAAUACUUAGAAAUAAAACAACAGUAAAUAUAGCUGAUUCUGUGUGAACAUUCUACAGCGCGAAUCGCACGGGUCGUCGAAUUACACGCCCGAUACUUGCCACGCUUAUGGAGGCCAUACACGCUAGGUUUUGCAUGAUGGUUUUAGCCGUGCAUGCAAAACCGACAAGCAUAACCGAGUUUCAUACUACACAUACACGUUAGGUUUUGCAUGCACCGUCUUGACAUGAACUCUGAGUUGAGCUACGUAGUACGUGAUGGUGUGUAGGACGCAAUGGACGACGACGAUGUGAUAGCUGUACUUGGCCUAACACUUGUUCUGCAGAACAGAAAAAGAAAAUGAGAGCGCACUGAAUGGUCUAAACGCUGGUUAUUGAAAAUAAAGCAAUUCUCCCACGUAAAUUUGGUAAAUGAAUUGAGAUUUACACCAACAGAUUACAAAAAUUAUUUACGAAUGGAUGAAAAAAAUUAUUUGAAACUAUUAUCAUUGAUUACUCCGUUAAUACAAAGACAAGAUACUGUUAUGAGGAAAGCAAUAUCAGCACAUGAGAGACUAUCAGUAACAUUAAGAUUUCUUGCAACAGGAAGAACAUACGAGUGUCUUAAAUAUUCUGCUAUUAUAUCACCUCAGGCUUUGGGCCGAAUAAUACCAGAAACAUGCGAUGCUAUUUAUGAAGCACUGAAAGACGACUAUUUACAGUUUCCAGAUUCAUCGGAUAAAUGGAAGGAAACCGCACAACUUUUUGAAGAGAGAUGGAAUUUUCCUCACUGCUUGGGUGCCAUAGAUGGAAAACACAUAGACAUAGUGCCACCUGCUGAUAGUGGAUCUUAUUUCUACAACUACAAAGGACGACAUAGCAUGGUUCUUAUGGCAAUAGUUGAUGCCAAAUACCGAUUUCUAUUAGCAGAUUCUGGUACAAAUGGAAGAGUUUCCGACGGAGGUGUUUUGCAGAAUACAACGUUUUUUGAAAAGUUACAAAUGAAACAUUUAAAUCUUCCAGACUCCGAACCGAUUCAACACAGUUCAAGGUGUUUGCCAUAUCUAUUUGUUGCUGAUGACGCAUUCCCGUUGAGACCUGACAUGAUGAAACCAUAUCGUCAAGCGGAUUUGAGCAGCUACGAAAAAAAAAUUUUUAAUUAUAGAUUAUCUCGCGCAAGAAGAAUAGUUGAAAACGCUUUUGGCAUACUAGCAUCAAGAUUUCGCAUUUACCAUACUCAGAUCAAUUUAGAACCAAACAAUAUAGAAAAAGUGGUAAUGGCUACAUGUGUUUUGCACAACUUUCUAAUGGAGCACACUCCUAAUUCAUAUGCACCUCCAAGAUGUUUUUAUCGAGAAAAUGUGGAUAAUGGAACUGUUGUUACCACGGGCUACGAUGCCACACGUUCAAACGUAGAAAAUUUACAAGUACAAAAUCGAGGAAAUGUCCUGAAUGAUGCAAAAAAAGUCAGACUAGAAUACCAAACUUACUUUGUCAAUGAAGGCAAAGUACCUUGGCAGGAUAGUUUUAUUGAAAUGUGACAUAUUUCUUUUAUUUUUAUGUAAUAAUAUUGUUUUAUUAAUAAAUGAGCAACUACACCG